AUGCUAUCAAAGGUGAAGACUGCUUUCAAUCUGCUACGGAUUGGACAUAAAACAUAUGGAAACACUAAACCAGCUAAUGAACAAAUAGAUGUGAAUUUGAAAUCGACUGACCUAGUAAUUACUAGUGAUGAGCAACGGAAACAUAAAAAUGACGAAGAUGUUACGAUUAUUUUGUUACAUAAGAACACAAAUAAUGAAAUACAUCAAUCAUUUAUUUUAUGUCUUCGAGACAUCAAUGAUUAUGUACAGGUCUUUCACAAUGAAGAAGACACGUUGGCAUGCAUUGAAUUAAUUUUGGAGGAAAAAAUCUUGUUGAUUGUUGAUUAUCUUUCUGAUGAUCUCCUAAAAGCUCUGGAAACAUUUAAACAAGUUGAUUCUAUUUUUCUUUAUGCGUCUCAGUCGCCUGGUCAAGUUCCAUCUUGUAUAACAGCUAUUUGUCCUACUAAACAGCAACUGAUCGAUGAGAUUAGUUGUAUUCGUCAACAACUUUAUAAUCAAAUGGUUGUCUUUUCUAUUUAUAAUCGAACAAAAGCAGCGAAAUUUGAUUUAACCCAAGAAUCUGGUUCCUUUCUCUUCUUUCAACUUUUUAAAGCUGCUUUUAAAAGAUUACCAAAGAAUUCGGAAUCUAAAAAACUAAUGGUUUCAAAAUGUCGUAAUUAUUAUGCAGACAACACGAAAAUCUUAAAAGAAAUAGCUGAUUUCGACCAUAAAUAUAAACCAACGGAGGCAUUACGAUGGUAUACACACGAUUCAUUUAUUUAUCGAUUAAUCAAUAAAGCUCUACGAACAGAGAAUAUAAGUGCUUUGUGUUAUUUUCAUUUUUACAUCAAUGAUUUGUCAUAUCAACUAGAAAAAGAAUUUAUUGAGUUUAAAAAACGAAAUUCUAAAUCUAUUAUUAUUGAAUUCUAUCGUGGCUUUAAAACAACACAAGAACUAAUAAAGCACUACAAACAUAAUAUUGGAAAUUUAAUUUUAACAAACGGAUAUUUGUCAACGACACGUGACCGUCAAUUAGCUUACGACUUAACCAUGAAGCAAAAUAUAAAAUCUGACGAAGAAAAGGUUUUAAUGAAAUUCACUGCAGAUUUAAAUCUUGUUAAAUCACUUAUUUUUGCUGAUAUUUCUCAACACAAUACAUUUUUAGACCAAAACGAAAUACUCUUCGAUCUAGGAACUGCCUUCAAAAUUAUCUCAUGCGAAUAUUGUACUAAAGAAAAAGUGUGGUUAUUCAAUGUUAUUGCAACAGACGAAGGUGUCGAUGUAGCUUCCGAAUACAUUGAAUAUCAGGCAGUAAGAAUGACUGAUUCUAAUAUUAUAUUAACGCUUGGUAAUUUGAUUAUCGAAAUCGGUGAUUAUGAUAAAGCCGAAAGAUAUUUUGAGGCUAUUCUACGUUCAUCAAUUCCAAAUGAUGAAGAAAUUGCUUGUAUAUAUUAUAAUAUUGGUAGAGUUUAUCGAUUAAAAGGUGAAUACACACGUGCACUAGAAUUUCUUAAUCAAGCUUAUACAACACAUGCAAACGCUCGACCAUCUCGUUUGGCAAGUGCAGCCAAAGCAAUGAACGCUAUCGGUAUUGUUUAUAUGGAACAGAAUCAUAUUCAACAAGCGAUCGACUCUUUUGGUUGUGCUCUUAAAUUAUACGCAAAAACUAUCGGUGAAAGUCACCCAGACGUUGGUGGAACACUCAUUAAUCUUGCUAAUAUUUAUUGUGAACAGGAACAACUUGACGAAGCUCUUUCAUGUUUUAAACGAGCAAACUAUAUCUAUGAAUGUCAUUUACCACCUAAUCAUCCAAAAAGAGCAAUUCUACUUAAUAAUCUUGGAAAUUUAUAUUAUCUACAAAACCAGUUCGAUUUAGCAUUGAACACUUAUCAACAAGCUCUGAAUAUAAAUGAGGCAAUUUUACCUCCCAAUCAUCCUGAUAUUGCGAGAAAUAGACAUAAUCUAUCAAUGUUACACACCAUAAUUGUUGAUCAGAAUAAAGUUGAUUAUGAGCCCAAACAAAAUUUCAACUCCAGUCAAGUUGUCUCACAUUUACGUGUAGAACCGAUACAAAUCAAUCCGUUCCAACCAGAAAUAAAGUAUAUAAAUCAAGCAUUGAAACCGAAAGAAGAAUUUAUUGAAAUGGUAAAAUAUUAA